AAAUGAAUACAUGUUGCGUCAAUCAAAACAGUCGGUCAAAACACGUCCUUGUAGGUGUAGUAAUUUUAAAAACACCUUAAAAUUGUGGACAUUUGCGUGAUUCACGUGUGUACUGCCACUAUUUCUCAUUAACGAUAUUAACAAAUCGUUCAGUUAUGUGUAAAGUGCGGUUUACUCAGCGAGAAUCUCUCUAAUUAUUCGGUACCUACCAUGAAUGAAGUGGCGCCGAAUGCGAUAAACAGCGCCACCGGGGGCCCACCGGUCAAUCCCCUAAUCGGCGCCAAUAUUGUCAAGGAGGGAUGGCUUUAUAAGAGAGGCGAACGUAUCAAGAAUUGGAGACCGAGAUACUUUGUGCUGCUCGACAAUGGCGCUUUAAUUGGAUUUAAAAAUAAACCCGACGUCAACUCGAUGGGCGAUCCUCUUAACAACUUCACGGUCAAGGGAUGUCAAAUUAUGUCAACGGACCGACCCAAACCAUACACCUUCAUCAUUAGAGGCUUGCAAUGGACCACAGUCAUAGAACGCAUGUUUCAUGUGGACGGCGAAAAAGAAAGGGAAGAUUGGCUAGCGGCAAUUAAGAUGGUUUCCGAAAACUUAGCGUCCGAAUGCGAGGAUGUGGACAUGGCGUUCGAGAAUCCGAUGGUGGAGGAUUUGUGCGAGAAGUUCUCCAGACAAGGCACGUCCAAUUCAAAAACCAGCGGAAAGCGAAAGGUCACCUUGGAAAAUUUCGAGUUUUUGAAAGUUUUGGGUAAGGGCACCUUCGGGAAAGUCAUUCUAUGUAGGGAAAAGUCGACGCGGCGGUUAUUUGCAAUAAAAAUUUUGAAAAAAGAAGUGAUUAUUCAAAAAGACGAAGUUGCUCACACCCUAACCGAAAGCAGAGUGCUGCGAUCUACAAAUCAUCCGUUUUUGACCUCAUUGAAAUAUUCGUUUCAAACCAAUGACCGCCUUUGCUUCGUGAUGGAGUAUGUGAAUGGGGGCGAGCUAUUCUUCCACCUGUCCAGGGAGAGGGUCUUCUCGGAGGAUCGCACUCGAUUUUACGGCGCCGAAAUUAUCUCCGCACUCGCCUAUCUGCAUUCGCAAGGCAUCAUUUAUAGGGACCUCAAAUUGGAAAACUUGCUGUUAGAUAAGGAUGGUCACAUAAAAAUUGCCGAUUUCGGACUUUGUAAGGAAGAUAUCACCUACGGACGUACGACGAAAACGUUUUGCGGAACGCCCGAGUACUUAGCGCCUGAAGUUUUGGAGGAUAACGAUUACGGGAGAGCGGUCGAUUGGUGGGGAAUUGGGGUCGUUAUGUACGAAAUGAUGUGUGGUCGGUUGCCGUUUUAUAAUCGUGACCAUGAUGUGCUAUUUACUUUAAUUAUUAUGGAAGAAGUUAAGUUCCCACGCACUUUGAGCGCUGAGGCGAGGGAUUUAUUAGCAGGUUUGUUAAUAAAGGACCCAACUCAACGACUAGGAGGAGGACCGGAUGAUGCCAAAGAAAUUAUGGUUCAUCCAUUCUUCACGCCUAUUAAUUGGAGAGAUCUGGAACAAAAAAAGAUUCCACCCCCUUUCAAACCUCAAGUUACGAGCGAUAUAGACACGCGAUACUUCGACUCUGAGUUCACGGGCGAAAGCGUCGAACUGACGCCGCCCGAACAGUCCGGCCCGUUGGGAGCGAUUCAAGAGGAGCCCUACUUUCCCCAGUUUAGCUUUCAAGAUUUGUCUUCCACCCUCGGCAGCUCUGCGCAUAUUAGUAGUAGCAUCAGUAGUGUAGCUCCUAUGCAGUGACCUAUAGUCGAUUAGACGACGGUAAGUCGAUCGGUAAAUCCAUGACCACCGCGCGUUCUUGUAGAAAUCGUACUUACGUGUGAGGGGAAGAGGUGUUACUUUAAAAAUGAACGACUGUUGUUGCAUACAUUUGUGAUAUUUUUCACGUACCGCAUAGGAAUUACCUAAUUUUAAUUUUAAGAUUCGCCCACUGGUAGAUGACUGUCUUUGUAUAUACAAAUCUGUAUAUAACUUUCUAUAUUAAAUAGAUAUAGUCGCUUCCAUUAAAAUUAUGUACGGAGACUCCGAUUAUUUGGGAAAUUUUAAGGAAGUGGGAUUGUUGGUAUCAAAAUAAUUAAUAUUUUGUAAAAACUUUUUGGAUUUUGUAACUAAUUAUCUAGGUAAGUGUGUACAUAGGCUCUAUGUAAACUAAAUUAGCUGUAAUUAUGGGGGUACUAGUGUACUACUACUUUGAUUUAAUUAAGUUUUAUGCUGCCAAAAUGUUCGUUUACUAACAAAACUUAGACCUCGCUAUAGAUUAAUUGCCUUUAAAAGGUAGGAGUGUCUUAAAAGAUUAGUUAUGCCUAGCAAAGUUAUAUACCUAGUAAUAAUUUAUAUAGACAAAGUACCCCGUUAAAUAAUUUGUUGUGAAACUACUUAAAUUAGAGAAUGUUGUAGAUGCUAACGUUACAAGUGCAACUUGCUAAGUAUACUGCAAAAGUGUUUUUGUUUUUCUUUGCUUCACAGAUUUAUAUAAUUAGUGCAAGUAUUUAUUAAUAUUUACCUAUUGAUACUUUUGUACUCGGUAUGCCUAAUAAAGGAAUUUCUAAAGAAAUGUAUACGAUAGGACGGUAGAAAAUAUUUAUUGUGCAUUGGGUUGAUUGUAGAUUUUAUAUAAGGAAAAAUUUGAAGGUUCCCAACUUUGUUAUCUGUUUCUUUUUUACAUUAUAUAAAUAAUAUAUGUUUGGUGCUUGUUAGUACGAAAAAAUAUAUUUACUUGCACAUUA